AUGAAGCUGCGUUGGAGCGGCCACCUGGUGCGCAUGGACGACGAGCGGCUAGUCAAACGACUAUUCUAUGGAGAUAUCGCCACGGGUUCCCGCCGCCAAGGAGGUCAGGUGCGGCGCUACAAGGAUACUCUGAAGUCCCUGCGCCUGCAGACCAACCCGACCAACUGAAAAGAACUCGCCCGAGACCGACUGACCUGAAGGAGGCCAGUGAAAACAAGCGCUGCGAUCUACAAAGCCAACCUCAUUGCCGCCGCGAAAACCAAACGCGAGAUACGCUAAUUUCACCUGCUCCCACGGCCGCCGCCUCACAACACCAACGCCCGGCUGCCUACAACAUGUUCACGAUGUCAACGGACAUUCCGGGCGCCAAAAGGACUUUUUGGACGCCUUCGGAUCAAAUGCGGCACCCGGUCUGCAUCACCCGUCGUCUCUCCGUCCACCACAACAAAUGUUGUUCGCCCUCUAGAACCACCACCACCAUCCCCCUCCUCCUUCUCCUCCACCGCUGCUCCAAUGACUGCCAUUGUGGCUUCUGCCAUUCCCACCAACACUACACACGAUCCUGACACAUCCUCAAACACCAACACCACCACCAACGACACCAGAGUUGAAGACCUGGUCUAUACCUGUCCUCACUGCGGUUGCACUUUUACCUCACACAUCGGCCUGGUUGGUCACCUGCGAAUCUACCGCACAGAGACUGGCGAACCAGUGCCUGGAGCACAAACCUACACCCGCCGCAUCCGCCUCAACUGCCCACACUGCCGUCGCACUUUUACGCAUCGCAUGGGCCUAUUCGGCCGCAUGCGCAUCCUCGAGAAGGGAUUUGGCCGCAGCCCCGAUAUAUUUAUCACAUCCAAGGCACCCGACAUCCCUAGCCCCGACGUCACUCCGCCGCCCUGCGCGUCUACCGCCAACAGCUCCAUUACACUUAGUACAUCCUGCACACCGGACAUGCUCAUCCCAACGCACACCUCGCCGCCCAUCGAGUACACCACCGCCAUGUACAACAUCAACAUCACCAAGGCUGAUACUGAUACCGCCGACUUCUCAUGUCCACACUCUUCUCGUACAUUUACCUCACGCAUUGUCCUGGAGAAUGAGGUCGAUGGCUUAGCGCAUUUUCCUCACUAUAAACGAUCGGACGCGUUUGAAGCUAUUACGGUGCACUACAGGCCGUGGCUUGGAAAGUUGCCAACUGACGGGAUAACUUGA